UAUUUGUAUAGAGAGUACUCAAAACUGAAAACACAUUUUAAGUGGGUCAGUCGGUCCACAGUCUGACGGAACCCACCAUUUUAUCCGACCACCACCCUCUCAACCCCCACCACGCGGCCGGUAACAGCCCCACAUUCUCACGGCCAACUUCGGGGUUCCCGGCCAGUUGAUGACCAAUAGCAGUUGCUGAACAUCUGACAUGGCCGACGAAGAAACCCAUCCCCAAACCGAACCACAACACGAGCGCAUUGACGACGCCAUUGCCGACUCCGCCGCCAUUUCUCGCCCAGCUUCCGCUACCACCACUUCCGAUGCUCCGCUGCAGCAGAAAGCGUCUCCGGCUGCCAAACUCCCAUCCAGGCCCCGCAAGAUCCGGAAGCUCUCCCCUGUACCCUCCGCCACGUCAGCGCAAUACAGCACUCUACUCCCAAGAGUCAUCGCUCGUCCCCUCUCGUGCCCCGGCGAGCUCGAGACCGCCAUUCAACACCUCCGAUCAAUCGACCAGAGACUUGCCCCGCUCAUCGACUUCCACCCACCUCCAACCCUCGAGCCCUUCCUUCCUCCAUUCUUAGCCCUAACCAAAAACAUUAUCUUCCAGCAACUCGCCCUCAAAGCUGGAACUUCAAUCUACACUAGUUUCGUCUCUCUCUGCGGCGGAGAGUCGAACGUCCUCUCCGACGUCGUUUUAAACCUAUCACCGCAACAGCUCCGGCAAAUCGGAAUCUCCGCUCGAAAGGCGAGCUAUCUACACGACCUAGCGAGGAAAUACCAGAAUGGAAUCUUAUCUGAUAAAUCCAUCAUUGAAAUGGACGACAAAUCUUUGUUCACAAUGCUUACAAUGGUCAGUGGAAUCGGAUCGUGGUCAGUUCACAUGUUUAUGAUCUUUUCACUGCACAGGCCGGAUGUUUUGCCAAUACACGAUCUGGGGAUAAGGAAAGGGGUACAAAUGCUAAACCUGCUCGACGAAUUGCCCAGGCCAUCCCAGAUGGAUGGAUUCUGUGAAAAGUGGAGGCCCUAUAGGUCAGUGGCGGCAUGGUACAUUUGGAGGUAUGUGGAGACCAAGAAUGUAAAUUCAAAUGCCAAUUUGCAGCAUCAGCUACAGCAAGAACAACAACAUCAGCAGCAGUUGUUCAUGGAGGACCCGAUUAGUGGGAUGAUGAAUCUGGGUUAUCAUUUUCCAGUCUCUUCUAGUUUUGAAUGAAACCUUACCGUCACACCAAUUUUCAUCAGCAAUUUCUUGGAACCGUUUUCUUUUGGCCUUCGUGUAUUAGUGUUCUUACUAAUUGAAGAUUUACAGGGAAUUUGCUCGGGGACGGCGACUGGGAUCCAAAUGUGCCCCAAAGUUGUUCUGUGAGGUGGAUCAAAAUUAUGAUGUAAGUAAAUCUCCACCACCUCACCUGAUGAACAUGGAGAAUUAAAGGUUGAAGACAAUGUAACUUCUGUUUUAGCUUGAGAGAUUGUAUCUAUGCGCGGUUAAGCAUUAAGGCUCAUUUGGUAAGGCGUAAGGGUUAUUUUGUAGAGCAACUAGUUCCUGCAUUUGCACAGCUCAUAUUCACCCUCUGAUGUAACAAUAUUCAGAGACAGAGCUAUCUGUGAUCAAAUCUUAUGUUUUGAUUAUGUUGGGUUACAAAGAUCAUGAAUCCUCCAAAUU